UUUUUUUUUGUUCUUUUCUUUCAGACACAAAUAAGCCCUCGGGAAGGCUGGCAGGUUUACAGCUCAGCUCAGGACCCCGAUGGCCGCUGCAUCUGCACCGUGGUGGCUCCAGAACAGAACCUGUGCUCCCGAGAUGCAAAAAGCAAACAACUCCGGCAGCUUUUAGAAAAGGUGCAGAACAUGUCACAGUCAAUAGAAGUUUUGAAUCUCCGCACACAAAGAGAUUUCCAGUAUGUACAGAAGAUGGAGACCCAAAUGAAGGGUCUAAGGUCCAAAUUUAGGCAAAUUGAGGAGGACCGGAAAAAUCUAUUAACUCGGCACUUUCAGGAUCUGAAAGAAAAGAUGGAUGAGCUCCAGCCACUAAUUCCAGUUUUGGAACAAUACAAAACAGAUGCCCGGCUAAUUACACAGUUCAAAGAGGAGAUCAGAAAUUUGACUGGAACACUCACAACCAUCCAACAUGAGAUAGGGGCAUUUGACUAUGAAGAGCUACAUCAACGGGUUCUAGGAUUGGAGACCAGACUGAGAGAUUGCAUGAAAAAACUAACUUGUGGAAAACUUAUGAAGAUUACUGGUCCUGUUACAAUAAAAGCAUCUGGGCCCAGGUUUGGAGCAUGGAUGACAGAUCCUAUAGCAUCAGAGAAAAAUAAUCGUGUCUGGUAUAUGGAAGGAUUUACAACCAGCAAGAUUGUACGUGAGUACAAGUCAAUGGCAGAUUUUGUCACUGGAGCAGAGUCAAGGACUUACACACUACCAGUGAAAUGGGCUGGCACUAGUCACCUGGUGUACAAUGGGUCACUGUACUUCAACAAGUACCAAAGCAACAUCAUUAUUAAGUACAGCUUUGGCACGGGGAAAAUUUUGGCCCAGCGUAGUUUGGACAAUGCUGGAUUCAACAAUGUCUAUCCAUACACGUGGGGUGGCUACUCUGACAUUGAUCUCAUGGCUGAUGAAUUUGGUUUAUGGGCUGUUUAUGCUACCAACCAGAAUGCUGGCAAUAUUGUUAUUAGCCAAUUACGGCAGGAUACACUAGAGGUGUUAAAGAGCUGGAGUACAGGAUAUCCUAAGAGGAGUGCUGGAGAGUCCUUUAUGAUCUGUGGCACUUUGUAUGUUACCAACAACCAUCUCACUGGGGCGAAGGUUUACUACUCAUAUUCUACCAAGUCCUCUACAUAUGAAUAUAUGGACAUCCCCUUUCAUAAUCAGUACUUUCACAUAUCAAUGCUGGAUUACAAUGCUCGAGAUCGUGCCCUGUAUGCCUGGAACAAUGGACACCAGGUGCUUUUUAAUGUCACGCUUUUUCACAUCAUUAAAACGGACAGCGAUGUGUGA